CUUAUUUUCCAAUUCAAGUUCUUCAGCGUCGCAUGCCGCAUCCAUUACAAACUGUACACCUUGCUGAAUGCGUUGAGAGAUUUUUUCAUUACUGCGUAGCAGCUGAAGGAUGCGGCCACUACUCUCUAUAUUUAGCGUGAAAUCUGACAAAAAGUCUGUUUCAGCAUGCUGUCCGUUGGAUGUACUCGUGGCGGGCAUCAAUCCUGUUCCUUGACCAAGUUUGACAGCAGACAAUUUUCGAAGUCCAUGCCCCAUAUCAGUGACUGUGAAACCAGACCAGCGUGACCUUAACGCAUCAUAUCAAGCUGGGCCCUAAGACUAUUACGCAUAUUCCCUUUAAUACAUACAAUGCUCAAAUUAUUCAUACUGUUUUCAUAUGUGAUACCCAUAUUCUGCUACAAAACGUUCAUUGAUACGCUAUCAGAAAAUGAACGCUUCGGCACACUUUUGCGACAUUUGCAGACUGAACGUCUAGUGCCUACUAUAAACAAAAUGACCUCCGGAACAUUCUUUGCCCCAGACAACGAAGCGUUUGAACAUUACAAGCAAAACAUCACCAAGGAUCUACUGUUGUAUCAUAUUCUAUCUCAGCCUUUUAUGGGAGAAGACUUUGAACAAGAUCAAAUUUUGGAAUCCCUCUAUGUCCGCCAAGGUUUACUUGGCGAAACAAACAACGGCCAGCGAAUUAAAGUCACCAAGGAAGGAAGUCCGCGCAAAGGCAAAGGAAAAGUGUAUAUUGGUGGAGUGCAGAUAGUUGACAAAGAUAUCGUUGCAAAUAAUCAGAGUGUCAUUCAAGUUGUGGGUCGCCUAUUGACACCUCCCGACUUAAUUGUUGAUGUGAUCAAGAACUGGAAAGAUUCUGAUUUUUACUCGACGCUCGAUAUAGCAAAGUUGCUGCCAAUCUUGAAUGAACCGCGCCCGUUUACGUUAUUUGCUUCCAGCCAAGAGACAUUACAACCAUUUACUUCAAUUGAGCGUUCAUAUCUUCUGCAUGAGCUUGGAAACCUCGAUUUACAGUUAUAUUUGAAAUGCCACAUUGUCGAUCGAAAUCUAUAUGCCUCUGAUUUCACAGAAGGCGAGACAAAAGUUGAAGCUCUAAACGGCAAGAAACUUAUCAUUACGGUUGACAAAGAUUCAAACAUCAAAGUUGAUGGCAUCUCGGUUAGCAAAAUCAAUGAGAUGACAGCAAAUGGUGCAAUUCAUACACUAGAAUCCUCCAUCGUUCCUAGCGAGUUGGUAUUUACAGCCAGAAAAUAUCUUAUUGGAAUGAAUGCCACAAAGUUCGUCUCUCAUUUGGAUAAAUAUGGUCUUAGCGACUACAUUGACGACCCCAGCCGCAAGUACACCUUCCUUGCGCCUAGCAAUGAAGCCUUCGAAGAAUUAGAUUAUUCAUCUGGCAAUUUCACCAAGCUACUGCUUUACCAUAUUCUUCCACAAGCUUGGCUUCCAAAGGACCUGGAUGAUGGACUACUGGUUGACACUGAGUUGGUCGAACACAAGCUAGCUGGAUUUGCACAGAAACUGAAGGUGGCAGUCGAAAAUGAAGAUGAUAGUAUUCCAAUAUACCUUAGGCGAAAAGAAGGGAAAUCAAUUACAUUUGGCGGAGCUUUCGUCAAUGGAGAGCCAGUUGACAUCAAUGGAGCUCAAAUAUAUACCAUUUCCGAGGUCCUUACACCGCCGGCCGAUUUGUUGACAACACUCAUUACCGACUUGGAUCUAUCAGCAUAUAUUGCAAGUCUAUAUGCUGCCAAAACCGAAAAUAAGCUAAAAGAUACCAAGGGCGUAACAUUAUUUGUGCCGUCCAAUGUUGCAUUUGCUGAUUUGGGACUGGCUGCCAAAUACCUACUCCAUCCUGACGCCAAAUCUAAAUUGGCAACUGUCAUUUAUCACCAUGCUGUACCAUCACUUGUCUAUUCAUCGCACUUUGCAAACAUUACUUCCUUAGAGUAUCAAACGCUCGCAGGCACAACGCUUCAAAUCAAUCGAACUAUUGAUAGCGAUCAGAUUACAGUUGGUAAUCCCGACAACACUAUUACCAAUGCAGAUAUUCUACUUGCCAACGGAGUUGCUCAUAAGGUCAAUGGAGUGGUGAUCCCACCCCCGGUGGAGAUAACAAACAGCGAUCUUUUGAAAGCUGCAGAAACAAGUACAUUCUCACAGCUGCUGAAAGUUGUCAACUUGACGCAGAUCCUUCCCUCUGGUAAUUUCACCAUCCUAGCUCCAAGCGACAAAGCAUUUGGACGUCUCAAUGUUACACAGCUUUUAUUGGACCCUACCCAGCUGUUGAGGAUUAUGGAGCUACAUAUCCUUAAAUCAUCCCAUCUUUCACCAUUCAGGCCCAUGGUAACUGACAAUACCGAAUACGAAAGUCUCCUAUCUGAUAAUGACAAGGUCCUGUUCAAAGAAGUUGCUGCUGGACAGUAUAUCGUGGAGGUGAAAGGAGGAAGAGUUGGAAAUAUGGCUCGAGUCGUGGCAGUUGGAAAAGCCACGACUGGAGGUGGAGUGGUGGAGAUAGAUUCUGUCUUAAUACCAGUGCCACGAGGAUGGGCGGGCUUUUCCCUCGUUGUUAAAAUUGCUGUUGUUGUAUCAAGCGUCCUUGGCUUGGUAGGUAUUGCAGUGGUUUCCUACUUCAUAUGGAAAUGUCAGCAUAGACGACGUCUAGGAUACGUAGAAUUAAGUAAUUGAGUUGCAUGUAAAUAGCGUAAAUAUAUAUAUCCUUGUUUUCCCUUAACCUUGUGAGCAAUAAACGAAAGCAUAAGCAGUCUGUUAA